AAACAGACAACCAUCAACGUAUACUGCGUUUAUAUAGAAGAAAGUAGCGUCCCGCUAUAUUGGAACAUGGAAAGCAUAAACUGCAGUUCUUGCCACACAGCGAUGACUUAACAGCAACUAUGAAGUCGUCGACUGUUAUAUUAGCUACAGUGUUAGCUUUUUGUGCUGGAAUUCUAUCCAUAGUCGUGACUGUUGCACUCUGUUACUUUUUUUGGCCGAAAAAAUUUCGAGAAUUUCAAGAUCUAACGUUUUCUGGCUCGAGAAAGGAUAGCGUGGUAGAGUUGAAGAGACACAACGUUGAGGACAGAUUAUCACAAGGUUCCGUGAGCAUCGUGACCCCACUUAUCACCCCCGUCACGGUGCAACCUUCCACGAAGACGAGUGUAGAUAACAUUUCCAUUCAACCUCUACUACCAGAAGUCGAGGUGUUCUGCGAUAGGGUAACUGGUAACGUCUCUUGUGGAUUUGAUUAUAAUAGAAAUACCUCUUCGCUUAAAAUAACAGUGAUUCUUUCUCAAGAUGGAGAAAAAGUUUUAGGUAGUGUCUUAUAUCUCCGUUGCUGCCUUCUACCAUUCAAAAAAAAUGUAAUCGAUAGAAAAAUAAAACAUUCUCCUCUCACCCGCCGCUGGAUUGAGAUGUUCAUUUUCGAUAAAAUCGUUUAUGACAAGCUACCCGGAUCGAUUUUCUAUUUCCAACUGUUCACCCUUCAAAACUGGAAGCUGAAAGUAAUUGGGGAACUCAAGGUUUCUGUUUACGAAGCUAUUCUUAAUGAACAACCCGUAACGUUUAAAUCCUUUCAAGUGCCUCAACCUACAAAUCUAGGUGAAAUUCUACUAUCUCUCAUUUAUGAUGACAAAAACAACGAUUUAAUUGUUACAAUUAUUAAAAUAAGAUCCUGCGAACCCAUUGAGCCUUAUUCUGAAAGUUGCGUGGUAUUAACUCUAUCGAACAGCGACUGUUGCUUGGAAAAAUAUCAAAGCAAAUUUCUUCCUAUGCACCCAAAUCCCAUAUUCAACGAGACUUGCCGUUUCCGUUUGGGCAAGAACUGCAUUAAAGAUGUUUGUUUGGUGUCUACUCUGGUCACGUUUGCCAACAUCAACGUCAGAAUCGGAGACGUUACUCUAUCCGCUUUGGCAGGAGGUGUGGCAACAAAACAAUGGACAGACAUAGAAAGAAAGCCAAGAUUUCCUAUUCUGCAAUGGCACAAAAUUUGGUGAUUUCUUUUUAUUUUAAAUCUUACAUAUGUGCCUCUCUUCAUUCGGAAUAUAUUCUGGACAUUUUUUUAAACUACCUGAACUCCAAAUAUACAAUUUUUUGCCAACUUAAAAAUACAACUAUUAAGGGUAUUUCUGUUCAAGCCACAGACCUUUCAGGUAGUUAUUAUAAAAGAAUUUUUUUGUUCAAAGAAAGGAUAUGUCUUUCAAAUUAUUGUGACAUGAAAUAUAUUUUUUUCCUUCCAAUAAAAAGUGAAUUUA